CUCUUUCUCUCUUUCUUCCUCUCUCUGUCUCUUCCUCGUCCUCGUUUCGCCGCGGCGGGACUCUGCCGAUUAACUCCCGAGUGCGAGAGUGAGAGUGUGCGUCGGCCGCGGGAACAAGGAAGCGCCGUAUGAAUGUUCCUCUUGUGCGCGGGGUAGUCGAUCUGGUGCCGCGGAUAUGCACGGCGUAACGUAGAGCGACCGCGGCUCGGUGACGCUGUGAGCGUCGUCGCAUCGCUCUUGGCUAGCGCACGGUUGCUCUCUCGAGUCUCCGCGGCCGAACAACUCGGUAGGGACGGUGAAAAAUCGUGAAGCUCGCAGCCGCUGCAUCUAGGAAGUUACGAAACAAAGAGUCGAGGUGGACGACCGCGCGCGCGCGCGCGUGUGUGUGUGUGUGUGUGUGUGCGCGCACGUCGUCUUCCUCCUCGGGCAACGUUGAUCCCGCCGGGAUCAUCAGAGGCGCGUGACACGAAUCUCGCGCAUCCACACGCACGCACGCACGCACGCACACACAGACGCGUGCGUGUACGCACACGCGACUCACAGGCGGCUCGCUGGGGGGCGAAAAACGGGAACCGACGACGAGGAUGUUCAGCUCGUUGAGGCUGGCGACCAUGCGCUCGCACAAGAGCCGCGCCAGACCGGGCAGCGUCGCCACGUCCGCGAGCUCGGACUCGACACGGGCGGAGGAGACGGCCGCGCAGUACCACCCGCAUAGCUUCCUGCUGCUGGACGACCAGGACGCGAGCGCGAUCGGCUCCUCGCCCUCCAGCGUCUCGUCCAAGGUCGCGCAAGUGCGAGUGGAGCGCGAGGCUGGCAGUCUCGGCGUGACCCUCCGCGGCGGAGUGUCCAGGGCGCUGGUGGUGACAGGGGUGAAGGCUGAUGGUCCGGCUGCGAAGGAGGGCAGAGUCCGACCCGGUGAUCGCUUGCUGGCGGUGGACGACACCGAGCUGCGGGGACUUACCUUGGCGGAGGCGCAGAGAGCGCUCCGGAGGAGCUCCGACGCGCCUGUCGCGUCCCUCACCAUCGAGUACGACGUGGCCAACAUGGAGGAAGCGCGCGCGGCCACUUCCGGCCCGCUGCUCGUCCAACUGGAGCGCGGCCUCUCAGGUGAGCUGGGAUUAACCGUGCGGGAGACUCCAAGCGGCGUCUACAUCGAGAGCCUGCGCCCGGCGAGCACGGCCGACCGUUGCGGCGCCCUGCAGUCCGGAGAUCGUCUGCUGGCGGUGGACGACACGCCUGUCCAAGACGCGGUGACCGCUGCCAAGCUGCUGCGGAACAAUUCGGAGAGCUGUCGCAUCGCCAGGCUGCAGAUACUGCCGCGUGCGCCGAGCGCAUCGGCGAGAACGGUGAAGAGGCGAGCGCAGCCGCAGGCGCAGCAGAGCUCCAGCCAGACGCUGCAGAUGAAGGAGAGCUUGACGGUGGUCCUGCGGCCGGAUCACAGGGGCUUCGGGCUGGCGCUCAAACCGGCGGAGGAUCGCGUCAACUACGUGGUGAGUCUGCUAGAAGCGGGCGGCCCUGCGGAGCGCAGCGGCGUCCUCUUGCCCGGUGACAAGGCUGUCGCGAUCAACCGCAGGAUGCUGCGCGAUCUGCAGCCGACGGAAGUGACCAACGUGCUGGAGACCUCGCAGAUGAUCGAGUUGGUGAUAGAGUACAAAGUGGGCGGCCCGGUGGUACCAAGCUCCGGGGUGUUCACGGUGAGAGUGGCGAGGCCACUCGGCGGCCAACCUGACUUGGGUCUCACGGUGAACGAGGAUCUGGUGAUUACGGAGGUCCGACGGGGCUCGCUCGCUUAUAGGACGGGCAGCCUGGCACCCGGCGACAGGUUGCUCGCCAUCGACGGGCAAAAACUGGACCCCGGCGACCUGCGGCAAGCCGCGCAGUUGCUGCAUCGACCUGGCAGCUCGGUCGUUGCGUUGACCGUUAGGAAGCCAGAUCCUAACCCGGAAACAAGGGAUUAUUGCAGGGAGUCCAGCGUAGGAAGCGACACGGUUCAGCCGCAAUUCUCCAGCGGUGCGUUGCGCUCGGCCAGGGAGAGUCUACCCAGCGUGGACAGCGCGGUGGACUCCUGGGGCGAAUUGGGAGAGAACAGCGGCACCGUGCCGGAGAUACUGAGACUUUGGGACACCGCGUCCGUUGAUAGCGGCCAGCUGGAUCUGUCGAUGCCAUCUUACCCGGGGCCGCAGGAGCGCAACGGUUCCGACAACAGGGCUCAGCAGAUAGUGCACGUGUCGCUACACAAGGACCCGGUCUACGAGGACUUCGGCUUCUCGGUGUCGGACGGCUUGUACGAGCGUGGCGUUUACAUAAACCGCUUGCGGCCCGGCGGGCCCUGCGACGGCGUUCUACGGCCGUACGACAGGAUCCUCCGUGUCAACGAAGCCAGCACGGAGGACUGCGACUGCUGCUUGGCCGUGCCGCUGAUCGCAGCAGCCGGGCCGCGUCUGGACCUGACGGUAGCGCGGCCCCUGUCGCCACAGAACAUCGUGAAGACCCUGUAGGUCGGCGAGCGCGACGCAGCCGUGCGAACGCCGCGCGACUCGCGUCUGUCCUCGGCUCGAGAAAGCUCCGAGCGAGGACUGCGUGUCGUCGCUGCUCGCGGAAAGCGGUGUUCACAGCUCGACGUUACACUCAACACCGUCUGAAGUUCACUCUAAAACGCUGAGUCGUGAGUGCUGUCGCUACCGUGCGGGAUGGAUCCUGAGACUCCAACUCCAGUCGCGAGCUAUGAAUA